AUGAGGUCAAUUGCGCCCCUACUACCAUGCCUGCUCGUGUGCUUUCUCGUGCUGGGAGGCGCGCCAAAGGCGAGCGCGCAGAUUCCAGAAAUCAACAUCACGGCCAUCACGGAUUUCCUCAACGAGUUCUUCGCGGCCCUUCAAAAGGACGUGCAGAGCUCCUUCCCCGGCACCAAGCUGUACGUGCUCAAAGGGAAGGCGGAGAACACGGGCGACUACAACGAUGUGGAUGAUGAUGAUGAUGAUGGUGACGACGAGAAAGAAGGCAAGCUCGAAAUCACCAAGUACACGUAA